UGUAAAUUUAUGUACCAGGGCCCUUAGGGGUCUAGUUACACCACUGCAUACCCCCAACUAUCCCGCUUUUGGUGGGACAGUUCUACUUUCGUCAGCCCACCCGCUGUCCCGGAUCGACAGCUUAAUGUCCUUCUGGUCUACUGUUUCUUUACACUGACACUUACCAGGAAGGUACUCGUGAGAAGAGACUAUGACUCUUUUUUUUUGUCUGUUGGGAGGUAUGGUUUUCCUUGUAAUUCAAGAACAGACUUGGUGACAAAUGACAAUUCCACUUUCAUUUCACUUCCUGUUCCCAGUGAUGGCGGCUGCUGGAGUGAGAGAGGAGUUGACCUGCUGUGCAUGCUGGGAGAUUUAUACAGACCCUGUAACCCUGCCAUGUGGCCAUAACUUCUGUCUGGUCUGUAUUAGGAGAAUAUUGGAACGAAUGAGGAAUAUAGAGGAAGAUAUUUUCUGCCCUGUGUGCCAAAGGAAAUAUAGCAAAAAGAAUCAGCCUGAACAGAAUAUAAAUGUUAAUCUGUGUAACAUAGCAGAGCGAUUCCAUGUGACUGACCCACAUCAUGGCUGGACUGGGGUCUCCUGCACUUACUGUGACUCCCCUGUACCCGCUGCUAAAUCCUGUCUGUUGUGUGAGGCUUCUCUAUGUGUUACACACUUGCGGGUACAUAGCAAGUCACCAGAACAUGUAUUAACUGAACCUACAGUUUUAUUUGGAGACCGAAAAUGCUCCUCACACAGGGAACUGCUGAGAUAUCACUGCAUUGAUGAUGGUGACCGUGUCUGUGUGUCCUGCUGUCUGGCUGGGAAGCACCGGGGACACAGGGUGGAGCUGCUGAAUGAGACCCAAGAGAAGAUACAAGUUCAAGUGAUGGCGGCUGCUGAUGUGAGAUCUGAGCUGACCUGCUCCGUGUGCCGGGAGAUUUAUACAGACCCCGUAACCCUCCCGUGUGGCCAUAACUUCUGUCUGAGAUGUAUUGAGAGAACAUGGGAUACUCAGCAGGAAUUAUUUCUUGAAAAUCCUUCCUGUCCUGUCUGCAGACAAAGAUACACAAGAAGACCUGAAGUCAGAAUAGACAAGACUCUGAUAAAUAUAUUUGGAAAAGUAUUUGUACCUUACCCAGAGCAGGAGGGUGCUGGGAUUCUCUGCACUUAUUGUGACUCCUGUGUUCCUGCUGCUAAAUGCUGUCUGCACUGUGAGGCCUCUCUGUGUGACAGACAUGUGAGGAUGCACAGCAAGUCAGUAGGACACAUAUUGAUAGAACCCAGCAUGUUAUUUAAUAAUAAAGUCUGUUCCACUCACCAAAAGCCCCUGGGGUAUUACUGCCGGGAGGAUGAAGCCUCUAUCUGUGAGGUUUGUGUCCCGGAGCACAGGGGGCACAGACUGGAGAAGCUGAACAAGGGAUUUGAGAAGGUUAAAGAGAAACUGAGAAUUCUACAAGUGAUGCGCCAUUCGAACCCGAAAGACCAACUGAGCUGCUCCGUGUGCCGGGAGAUUUAUACAGAGCCAGUAACCCUGCCGUGUGGCCAUAACUUCUGCCUGAGAUGUAUUAAGAGAAGAUGGGACUGGCAGGAUGAGAUAAAGGAGGAUCUGUCCUGCCCUGAAUGCAGACAGACAUACAUGAGACGCCCUGAUCUGAAUAGAAACCAGAUGCUGAGUAACAUUGUGCAGAGGUUUAUUGUUACUCACCCAGAGCUCAGUGGCCCCAGGGACUUCUGCACUUACUGUCUCCACUCAGUUGUCCCCUCAGCUGUACCAGCAACUAAAUCCUGCCUGCACUGUGCCGCCUCUCUGUGUGAGCGUCAUGUGACUCAGCACAGCCAAUCACCAGAACAUGAAUUAACUGACCCCGCCACAAGAUGCUCCGCCCACCAGGAGCUGCUGAGAUAUUUCUGCACUGAGGACGGGGCCCGUGUCUGUGUGUCCUGCUGUCUGGCUGGGGAGCACCGGGGCCACAGGGUGGAGCUGCUGAAUGAGGCCACAGAGAUAAGAAAUAUUCAAGGGUGUUUGGGUGCAGGUCUGAGAGACAAACUUAGCUGCUCCAUGUGCCGGGGGAUUUAUAAAGAGCCUGUAACCCUGCAGUGUGGCCAUAACUUCUGCCAGGACUGUAUUGAGAGAACAUGGGACUAUCAGGAGGGGAUAGAAGAAGAAGAACCCUCUUGUCCUGAAUGUGGAGUGAGAUGCAGGAGAGAGAUGAAACUAAGAAAGAAUAACACAUUGUGUGACAUAGUGCAGUUACUUGUGUCUGAGCAGCAUCAUGGUGGCACCUCCUGUACCUACUGUAUUCACUCCCUGGUACCCGCUGCCAAAUCCUGUCUUAUGUGUGAGGCUUCUCUGUGCCAUUCUCAUUUGCUCAAGCACAGCAAGUCAGCAGAACAUGUCUCAUCUGAACCCAGCGCUUCCCACACAAACUGCUCCGCACACAGGGAACUGCUCCGAUAUCUCUGCACUGAGGAUGGGGCCCGUGUCUGUGUGUCCUGCUGUCUGGCUGGGGAGCACCGGGGCCACAGGGUGCAAAUGUUCCAUCAGGAGCAGGAGGAAAGUAGAUAGUUGUCAUUUGAAGCCACUGUGUAUUUGUUCUAAAGAAUGUAGUGAGUUGUAGGCAGAUCAGUGUAAUAAAGUGGCAGAAAGACGCCUGAGGGAAUCAGUUGUAAAGCAACUAAAAUGUAAUUAUAAUCUUGCCAAGUGAUAGAGAAUGGCUUUAUAUUAUCCUUAAAGGGCACCAAUCAUAACUAAAAUCAUUACUAAAUAAAAUACACUAUGUGAAAGUUCAAGAAAUCUGGU